UUCAACUUUGGCCGAUGUGCGAUAUACAAGUCAAGGUCAUUUCUGGCGUUGUCCAAGGUUGUUGUAAUUUACGUUUCCGGAUCUGACCUAAGGUGGUUUCAUAUCAAAUGUCCAAUCGUAUUUACUCUGCGUUGUAUUCCAAAAUAGCAAAUCCACAAAAUUCUUCAGAAGAUUCUGCUUUAUUACCUGAACCAUUACUCAGUUUUUUGAAGUCAAGUAAUACCGACGGAUCACAGAACUCUACUAAGGAAUUCAUAACUACCGCUGAAAUCGAGACACAAGGUCGUCUUACGUCUUGGUUUUAUCAAGCUGAUGCUGACCCUUUAAUGCCUAAAGGCAUGUCUCGACAGCAGCGUCUUAUGGGGUUUUUCUUGUGUCUUCUUUCAGCGUCUUUAUGUCUCUGUUUGGCGAUGGUUUUUUUGCCAGUUAUUGCAACACCUUUUGGUAUGCGUAAAUACGUACUGUUGCACACACUUGGUAGUAUUUUAUUAAUUGGAAGUUUUUCAUUUCUCUUGGGCCCGUGCAAUCACAUUAAAAGCUUAUUUAGCACUGAGCGACUGUUUUUUACUCUAAGUUAUUUAGUCAGCUUAUUUGGUGGUUUAUAUGCUGUGGUUGUUUGGCAGAGUGCUAUAUUUUCAGCUUUGGCUCUGAUCUCCCAAAUUUGUUUAGUUGUAUGGCAAAUUAUUGCCACUGUACCUGGAGGUAGAAUUGGCUUAAAAACUCUAUUACGUGGUAGUUUGUGGACAGUAAAAGGAAUUUCUAAAAGUCUUCCUGUUUAGUUAUUUUUGCGUUAUAUGUUACUCCCUGUAGAAAAGGGCUGAGAUAUUUUUCUGCCAUUCUGUCGAGGUGGAUUAUGCUGGCCUCAUCACUAGAUUUUAUUGAUUUUCUAAAGACGGUUUGAAUAAUAAUUUGUUUAUACGCAAUAUCA